ACCAGAUCCACCAUGCUGCCCAUGCGGACGCUCCUUUUCUUCCUGCCCCUCGGGGUGGUGCAGUCGCAGCUGCAGUAUGGCAACCGCUCCACACUUGAGAAGCUGGCUAAGGAAGCUGAGGCUGACGCUGGACCAGAGGAAGAGGUCACCGAGGGAUUCACGCAUCCCACACUCUGCGACUCCAGCGUGAACCAGACCUCAGGCUACAUUGCUGUGAACCUGGUCACCAAGUACUUCUUCUGGCUGUUCGAGGCGAAGCAGGACCCUUCAACGGCACCGCUGGUGAUGUGGCUCUCAGGGGGCCCAGGCUGCUCCUCGCAGCUGGCACUGUUUGCAGAGAACGGCCCCUGCAAGGUGGCGAAGAGUGGUCAGUCGACUUAUCCAAACCCAUCUUCAUGGCACUACGCUGCCAAUGUAAUGUGGGUCGACCAGCCUGCUGGCGUUGGCUUCUCCACGGGCAUCGGCACUCACAACGAGCAGGGAGUUGCGGACAACAUGUACGUGUUUCUGCAGAAGUUCUUCCAGCAGUUCCCGCAGUACCAGAAGACGAACUUCUUCGUGUUUGGAGAGUCCUAUGCAGGACAUUACGUGCCCGCGAUUUCCCACAGGAUCUGGAGCGGCAACAAGGCCAACGAGGGGCUGCACAUUCCGCUGAAGGGCCUGGCAAUCGGUAACGGACUCACAGAUCCGCUGGAGCAGUACAAGUGGUACCCAGAGAUGGGACACUUCGGGGGUCAGCAGGAGGGAGGCCACGCGCCCGCCAACGUCAUCAGCAAAGGCGACUACUACAUCAUGAAAGGGCUGGUGCCUGCGUGCGAACUGGGAAUUAUCGCCUGCAACAGAGGUGUUGAUCCUGACCCUCAGUCUGGUGGCGUGGUGAAUGCGACUGCAUGCUUCGCAGCCUAUGACGCCUGCAACCUCAUGGCAAUCAUGCCGUACGAACUGACAGGCAAGAACCCCUACGACAUGCGCCAGCUGUGCCUUCACGGACGUCUGUGCUAUGACUUUGACAUGAUCACGACUUACCUGAACAAGCCAGAGAUCCAAGCAGCGCUGGGCGUCAAAAAGAAGUGGGGCUCUUGCAACAUGGCCGUGGACCUGUCCUUUGUGGCUGCGGGUGACUGGCUGAUCCGCUACCAAGGGCUGAUCCCGGAUCUCCUGAAGGAUGGAGUGGAGGUCCUGAUCUACGCCGGGGAUGUGGAUUACAUCUGCAACUGGCUUGGGAACAAGGCCUGGUGGGUCACUGCCCAGUCAGGAUGUUGGACUGGGCCCGUAUAA